AUGUCCUGCGGCAGCGGCGAAGUCGAAGGAGGCAAAUCGGCCGCCGCGAUGGCGUCGUCGUCGUGGCACGACAGCUUGGCGGCGCCGCCUCGCGUCCUCAUUUCCCACCGCCCUUCUGAUGCCAGCAGUCAAGGGACUGUUCUGUCACUUCAACAUCCAAGAUCAGGAGAUGAAACAGGGUAUCUAUUUAUUGAUGGUCAACUUCAAGAGAUCAACUGGUUUAAGGAGCGUUAUGGUGCUUGGUUCUUGGGGGAUUAUGUUUGUGAAGAUGGUGGCCUCUAUUAUUGCACCCCUGUUGAUCCCAUCUUCAUUUUCCUACUGACUUUUGAAGCUGCACGUAUGUCGAACGGGAAGGAUCCAGGAAAAUUUAGACAACUGGAUGAAAUAUUGUAUGUUGAGGGAUAUCCUGGAUAUCAGCAGCUAAUGAAUGUAGCUAGCCACCAUAUGGAAUUGGUCUGUGAAGUAAAAGAAGUAUCUAACAUGAAGUUCUUUAGGCUGGAUAACUCCAAGGUCUUAUCUUGGUUGUGCUGCAAGGUAUACAACCUAAAGGAGGUCUUCCCCAAGUUGGGUAAAAAUUAUGCCGCCCAAACAGAAAAAGAACAAUUGAAGGAGGCUGUCCAAAUGAUCCGUGAAUAUCUGAAGGACGAACCAUGGUUAACAUUACUAUGCAAGAAGCUGCAGCUGGAUAUCAAUGAGAUUACUGCUGAUGCGACGACCAAAAUUGGUGAAGCUUCGUUUUAUGCGGACAGUUGUCCGGCACCUGCCCUCCCCUCUGAGAGUAAGACUGCGAAUGGUGGUGCCAAGUCAAUCAAAGGGAGGCCAGCGAAGAAACCAAAGACAGAGGACCCGACGACGAUCAGGCCGCCGAGGUGGCGCUGCAACGACGUGGUGGACAAGUGCUCCGCCGACUGCCAGCAGUGCGAGGCGUCGGCGGCCGGCGCCGGCGCCGGCUUCGUCUGCCGUGACUGGAUCUUCAGCCUGCUCGAGCCCCCGGUCUGCACGCCGAGGCCGUGGGACUGUUGCGACCUCGCCGCCUGCACGAGGGACUACAUCCCCUACUGCCGGUGCGCCGACAAGGUGGAGUCGUGCCCGAGCAACUGCAAAGAGUGCGAGGUCGUGGAGGAGACGGACUCGGACCCUCCGCGCUACCGUUGCCUCGACGUCUUCCACGGUUAUCCCGGUCCCAAGUGCACGCCAUGGAUCAGUAAGAGCAACUAG